CACGGUUACACGUUAGUGUCGUCGCUAAGACUGCGCGCUGUCAUGCACCGCUAGAUCCGAAUGCACUGGCAACGCGCGGGCAUAUCGGCGUUGCCUCAAAACCCUCUGGCGCAGGAGUGCGGCCUCCUACGUGGCCGGCGACGAAUGGCCCUGCGUGCUGCAGGCCCUAUGCUCAGCUGAAGCCUAGCGGGAGCCUGAUAUGCCCUGGAGCUAUUUUUACUCGCUGCUGGUUGAGUAGCAGCUGUGCUCGCUGAUUGCGCUCGAAAGGGUUACAUGUUGCCUUUUUGUUCGCGUUGGUAAAAGUCUUCCAUUUCUAUUCGCUGCGGCGUGGCGGCAAGGGGAUUCCGCACUAUUCAUGCUGCGCAGCGGAGCGCAGCCUGCUUUUGGAACGGCGGCGCAUAUUGUGCAGCAGCAGCAGCCCGACCCGAUGGGGGCAAGAAAGAGAGGGAGCUAGCUAGCUAAUGGAGGCGUUCGUUUUGGGCUACGGCGCUAUUCUGUUGAACGAUGGGCUGGUGGCAGCGAUAUCGAUCUUUUCCCAUGUAUUUUGUAUUAGUAGGAGCUGGCGUGGAUGCACGCGGCAGCAUGACAUGGCACGGUCUUCGGCGACAAGUUGCUGUUCGGCCGCCUGUGAUAAGUGCCGUCUGCCCGUCUUCUUUUCUGUAUAGCUCUUGGUAUGUCCGUUGAAGAGCUCUCGGUGUUUUUCCUCAAGUUGCUACACUUUGGCCAGCUUCUUGUUGUUGACUUACACCUUGUAUAUACACGACACUACGCACAUACAAGACGACACUAGAAAGCUUUGCACUACUUACAACAACAUAAAAUAUUCUCUACUGACGACUAUAUGGACGACAUUGCUGUUAUUGGCCUGGGACUUCGGUUCCCAGGCAAAGCCAACACACCAGAGGGCCUCUGGGAGGUGAUGGUCGGGGGAGAAUCGCAGUGGUCCGAGUUUCCCAAAGACCGGCUCAACAUUGACGGCUACUUUCACCCGUCUGGAAACAGACAAGGAUCAAUUUCGUUUCGUGGCGCGCAUUUCCUCAAGGACGACGUGUCCCUGUUUGACGCACCAUUUUUCUCCGUCCCCGCCGACGACGCCAAAGCCAUCGAUCCCCAGCAGCGGAUACUUUUGGAAGUCAGCUAUGAGGCGCUCGAGAGCGCGGGACUCCGAAAAGAAGACCUCGACGGCAGCGAUACUGCUGUUUACGUAGGUUCCUUUGUAAAAGAUUAUGAGCAGAUUUGCCUUCGGGACCCAGACUGGCAGCCGCAGUAUGCCGCCACAGGCAACGGCAUUGCCAUUAUGUCGAAUCGCAUUUCAUAUUCUUUCAAUAUGCACGGACCGAGCAUGACGGUCGAUACGGGAUGUAGUGGUAGCCUUGUAUCGGUACAUCUAGCCGCUCAGAGUCUGCGCAAUGGAGAAUCCAAAGUGGCAAUUGCGGCUGGCGCCGGCCUCAUCCUCACCCCCAACAGUAUCAUGCCCAUGACGGCGCUCAACUUUCUCAGUCCCAACGGCAAGUGCUUUACUUUUGACGCGCGUGCAAACGGAUACGGCCGCGGCGAAGGUAUUGGAGUAGUUGUCAUGAAGCGUCUGGAAGACGCCCUGCGCGACAACGACCCGAUCCGCUCCGUCAUUCGGGCGACGAGUGUGAACCAGGAUGGCAAAACAACAGGCAUCACAUUACCAAGCAAAGAAGCCCAGGUUGCCAACAUUCGCUCUGUGUAUGCCUCGGCCAAUCUCGACUUCAACCAAACAGGCUAUGUGGAAUGCCACGGUACAGGGACACAAGCUGGCGACUGGCGCGAACUCAAAGCCGUUUCCGAGACAAUUGCGUCUGUCCGAUCAAGGGAUAAUCCCAUCUAUGUCGGUUCGGUGAAACCCAACAUUGGGCAUCUUGAAGGUGCUGCUGGCGUCGCCGGCCUCAUCAAGGCAGUUUUGAUGCUGGAGAAGGGCCAGAUUCCGCCACAGACAAACUUUGAAAAUGGAAAUCCCGAAAUUGACUUUGAAGAAUGGAAGGUCAAGGUUCCGCGGGAAGUGACGCCAUGGCCGGUUCCUGGCUUGAAGCGCAUCAGUGUCAACUGCUUUGGCUUUGGAGGAACGAAUGCCCAUGUCAUUAUGGAUGAAAGCCCGAAACCUCCCAUCAAGAUUGAAGAACAGGCACAGACCACAGAUCAACUCGCGCUUGAAGACACGGCCGUCGUGGAAGCUGUACCUGAGAUUGAGGAAGAUCUGAUUAAUGUCACCUGGAAUGAUAGCGGAGAAGUUCAAGCGGAUACUCCAUUGAUUGACCUAGGGGAACCACAGGUUGCAAUUUCUGCUACUAUUGAGACAGUGGAAGAGGCUUCUAUGCCUGUUGCUCAAGAAACCUCUCCCGAAGAACCCGUCGUUGCCGCUGUCGAGCCUGUCGAAGUGGAAACACCGCCCAACCGACUCUUCUUCUUCUCAUCAAAUCAUAAGAAUGGGCUUCUUGAGACGAUGGCCGCUCAGGCUGAUCACAUAUCGAGAAACAGUACCUCGGCCAAUUACCUGGACGAUCUCUCCUACACACUGACCUGCCGCCGCAGUAACCUUGACUGGCGAGCCUUUACCGUUGCGUCUUCGACAGUAGAUCUGCACAAAACGCUUGUCAGUUACAACCCCGAUACUGCAAAGUCGGUACCAUUUUCCACAGCGCCCUGUAUCUGCUUUACGUUUUGUGGCCAAGGCGCACAGUGGGCUGGCAUGGGCACCACUCUCAAACAGUACGCACCGUUCUGGGACUGCAUUAUCAGUGCCGGUCUCUACUUUAAAGCGGUGCUUGCUGCUCCGUUUGAUCUCGUCGAGGAGCUACUUAAAGAUGAGGCCGAGUCUUCCCUUUCGGCACCUCACAUCUCCCAGCCAGCUACCACAGCCGUGCAGGUUGCUCUUGUAGAGCUAUACAGAGCACUGGGUAUUGUCCCAGAUGUGGUGAUUGGACACUCGUCUGGCGAGAUUGCUGCUGCGUUUGCAACUGGAGCUAUUUCCCGCGAGAGUGCUUGGAGGAUUGCCUACCAACGAGGUGCUCAUGUGAAGAAGCUCACUGAUGAGAGUCAGCAGCCAGGUGCAAUGGUUGCAGUGACAGCGAGCGCUGAAGAGGUCAACAGCCUCAUUGAAGAAUCCGAUAUCAAUGUGCACGCCGCUUGCAUUAACAGCCGCAACUCCGUCACAGUGUCCGGUGUAAAGAGUGAUGUUGAGUCUUUUGCGGAGCUGCUAGAGUCUCGUCAGAUUUUCAACCGCAUAUUGGCUGUAGACGCAGCAUAUCACUCGCCGUACAUGAAGGCCGCUGCAGAUGGUUAUCUGUCAUCGCUUGCAGAUCUUCCUGCACCUUCAGACACUCCCAUCAAAUUCAUCUCGUCUAUGAAAGGCACAUAUGUUCCCUCGGUCGACCUUUCUGGACAAUAUUGGGUCGAGAAUCUCGUAUCUCCCGUUCAAUAUGCCGCCGCCAUCAGUUUUACAGACAGUCUUCCAAAGGGUGAGCGACCCGACGCCUUCAUCGAGAUGAGUCCUUCUUCUGUCCUGCGCAACCCAACUCUCGACGGCUUCCACGAGAACAAGAAACCCGUCUACGUGUCGUCUAUGAGAAGGAAGCGCGAGUGCGAAGAAUCCCUCCUUGAAUCUCUAGGUCUUCUCUGGGCUGCGGGUGUCAAAGUCGACAUGAAAGCACUCGCUCACAUUACAUCGCCCAACAGUCUACCUCAAUGCCUCACAGAUCUCCCAUCCUACCGCUGGAACCACAGCAAGUCGUACUGGCACGAAUCGCAUCUCAGCCUUGCCAACCGGUUCCGAGAAUUCGGGCGGCACGAUCUUAUUGGUGCCCCGACAGCAGACUCUGUCCCGUUCGAGCCGCGUUGGCGAGGAUUCUUACGAGUACACGAGAACCCUUGGAUCCUCAACCACAAGGUACAAAACUUGACAAUCUAUCCUGCAGCAGGGAUGAUUGCGAUGGUCCUUGAGGCAGCCAGCCAAGUCUGUGCGCACGACUUCGACGUCCUGAGCUAUGAAAUUACAGACAUGCACAUUGAGCAGGCUUUAAUCAUACCCGAAACGGAGCACGGGUUGGAAUACGCCUUCAACAUGAAGCAGCUUGGUGGCGGUGUCAAUGAAAAGGGCCCAUUUGAGUUUUGCAUAUACUCCAAGGGAUUCGACAUCGCCUGGAGCAGACAUGCUACCGGUAAUCUUUCUAUUCGGAAGGGCGACUCUACGCUGUCCAAUACAGACUUUGCGUCAAAACAUGCAGAUGCUGCUUCGAGAUGCACUCGUGCUGUUGAAACAAGCCAGGUCUACGACAAGCUCGCAGCAAUGGGCCUCAGCUACGGCCAAUUGUUCCGCAACAUGAAGGAUCUCAUGGCCGGUGAUAACAACAACUGCGUAGCAACGAUCACUGUCCCAGAUACAAAGUCUACAAUGCCUGCCAACUACGAAUAUCCGCACCUGAUUCACCCAGCGACCCUCGAUUCGUUCUUCCAGACACUUCUUGCCAUUCAACCCACGCCCAAGGUCCCAACGUACUUUGAAAAGAUUGUCGUGAGUGCCAAAGGCACAAAUCCAUCCCUACCAAUAGACGCCUACGGAUCUGUGGAAAAGGUUGGUGAGAGGGAUGUGCGUGCUGAUAUCCACGCUUCCGACUCAUCCGGCUUCCAAAUCGCCAUUACCGGCUUGACACUUAGCGCUUUUCAAGCGGAUACGGAUACAUUUAUAUCGAAUCGCCAUAAUUUGUGCACAACGAUAUCAUGGGGCCGAGACAUUGCGUUUCUUGAGAGCAUGACAGCGACAGACAUGAUUAUCUACCAGUGCUUCAAGACACCAGCGGUUGCAGUGUUGCAGAUCGGUGGCAGCGCUGCGUUUGCACUGACAUUAAUGACAUCAGCUCUGCAUUACCGGGCGACAAAGGGACAUCUGAUACACUACACUGUUGUAGAUGCAGACGAUGCGCUUGGAAGCAAGCUGGUAGACGGAUUAAAGGGGACCACUCUGGAAGGGUGUUUUGAGCAUGUGAGAAGUCUGGAGGAGGCAAAUGGGAGAUAUAACGUUACCUUUGUGUUUGAUGGAGCAGGAGAGGUGUCUCUUGAAAACAAAGGCCGUGUCUUUUAUCAGCAGCCGAUCCCUGAUACCAGCCAAGCGGACGACGACGACGACGACAAGCCCCCAACCCUAGAAGAGGAUCUCCUGAUGUACGAAUAUCUAUACAAGCCUUUUGUUGGUGUGGUACUACCGCCUGAUGUUGGUCCGGUACGACAGCCUCAUGUUAGUAUAGUACAACGGACCCUCACCCCUCCGGGACGAAAGCAGCGUGUCGCUUGGUAUCUCAACGGAGUCAUGGACAUUAUUGCAGACAUUCUCCCCGACAUCAGCGAGGACCUUUUGGCAACGGACGUUGCAAACGCAUUCUUCGAGUCCAAGAGCGAGGCAAAGUCAUCAUCACAAUCAAUUGUGGUGUUGAUGCCAACGUCCUGUGAUGUUAAAGUUCGAAUGUUUGCUAAAUGUCUGAAUGCAUCUUUGACCGCGACGACAAAUGCAAAAGUCACAACUCUCACGCUGUCUGAUCUCCAACAAGACACUCUCUGCGACAAAGACGUCAUUUCUCUUCUAGAGCUUGCAGAUGAAGCUUCUCUCCAUGAGACCAUCUUCCACUGGGAUGAGCACUCUUUCCAGACGUUCCAGCGCAUUGCCACCACCUGCAAAAGACUCCUCUGCGUCACGCGCGAAAGCCAGCGCAACGACAGCACGAACCCCAAGAGCGCCGCCCUAUUGGGUCUCACCAGGACAUUGAGGUCUGAGAAUCCGCGCUGCUUCAUUGGCACACUGGAUCUCUCUGCUGAGAGUAUCUCACCAAAUGCCAACGAGAUUGUCACGCGUGUGUGGCAUCAGUUUACAGAUCCCACAAGUCCACUUCCCACGGAGUUUGAGUACGCUGAGAGAGAUGGACAGAUCCAGAUCCCGCGACUUGAGCUUUCUAGGGACUUGAAUGCGGUUAUUGAAAGGCCCAACGAUUCUUACACGUACAGUUAUGCCCCGUUCGACAAAUCACACAAUUGCGAGGAGCUAUAUCUCGCAGGAGACAGGGUCCUAUCACGCGACCUGGGUCACCCAGCAGAUAACCAGGUGCAGAUUUUGUUUGAAGAGACAUUCGCAUUUGGCAGCAAGGAUGACUUCACCAUCGGAGCUGAUUUCCACGGCAAGAUUCACGCUGUGGGGGAUGGUGUGACGAGGUUCAACGUAGGAGACCAGGUAACGGCGUUUAUACCACACGCAGACACAGUCAACAACUUUGUCUGCGUUGAUCAAUGGCUGGCUGCGCCGUUUACUGAGGGUUUCAUCCCAUCGCUCCAUGUAGCAGCGUACUAUGGGCUCGUGACACGCGCGAGGCUGAAAGAUGAGAAUGACAGUGAUGUCGUGUUGGUACACGGGGGCGCCACACCACACGGUAAAGCUGCGAUUCAAGUAUUGGCGGCUUACGAGAUCCGAAUUGUGGCCACUUUACUACCAGAGGAUGACGAUGCAGAUAGAAACGAAUUGGAAGCACUGGGUGUGCCAGCUGAGGACAUCAUUAAUAUCAAUAGCAACUUACCAGCUUCACUGCCUUCUGUGGAUGUUGUCUAUGAUGCAUCUGGCGUCGAUACGCCACUACACCAUCUCAAGAAGACCGGAAUCCUGCUCCGACUCGCCAGCAACCCUCCCCUCACCAAAUACACACCCAUCGAGACAAUCAUCACCAUUGACAUUGCCCAGCUUUCAGCAGACUCCCCCUCCAAAAUCGCAUCCAUCUUCCACAGCGCAUGUACCCUUGCUCACAGCAACCCCAACAUCUUCACUGCGCCAACAUAUCGCAAACACACCGUGUGCAACUUCACUAGCGCAAUCACCACACUCACCCCCCGCACACCCAUCGCCAUUCAAACAUCCUCUACUACCCUUCGCGUCUCGCAAAAGCGCGAAAUCAUAUCUCUCAAAGGCUGCAUCUCGAGUAAUCGCACAUACGUCCUCGUCGGCGGCCUCGGCGGUCUCGGGCGCAAAAUCGCCCAACUCCUCAUCGCCCACGGCGCCAAAUACCUGCACUUCAUAUCGCGCUCUACCACUUUAACCUCUGAACGCCAAACAUGGCUCGACGGCAUUCGAUCCCAGGGCAUCUCUGUAGAAGUCCUCGCAGUCGACAUCACCGACCCCGACUCCCUCUCUGUCCUCCCACAGGACAUUGAAGCCGUCUUCCACUGCGCCGCCGUGAUUGAAGACUCCAUCUUUGACAACAUGACGUACACGUCCUGGAAAGCCGCACUCGCCCCGAAGUUCGCCUCUUGGAACAUUGUCCACGCGUCCCCCACCUCGGCUAUACAAAUCUUCCUCUCCAGCUCGGCCGGCAUCAUCGGGGCCCGGGGCCAAUCCAACUACGCAGCAGGCAACACAUUCCUCGAUUCACUCGCAGGAUACUGCCUAUCUCGCGGACAACCUGCUGUAUCACUUGACCUUGGUCCGAUUGUUGGUGCGGGCAUGCUCCUCGAGAACGAAGACACGCUGCGCGCUCUUCGAAGUAGCGGCUUCAUUGAGAUUCACUACGACGACUUUUUGACAAUCCUAGGGCACGCUCUCCGGCAGCAGUCGUUCGCUGGAUCAGCCACGCCGAAGCAAGUUGUGCUAGGUGUAGGUACCGGUGGUCUCCUCCUUCAAAAUAACCCGGCAGAUCCGUACUGGAGCGGCACGGCCAUCUACGCUGCACUCGACGUGGCGGACCUUAGCCGGACGACAUAUGUACGCGGAGAUGCCCACCAGACGAAAUCGUCAAAACUUGAUCUCGCGAAUGCGCAGAGUGCAACGCACGCGGCAGAGAUGGUCUGCGCAGGUCUGAGGGCCAUGAUGGCGCGCGCGAUGAGUAUGCCCGAGGAGGACAUUGACGUCGGGCGGCCGCCUAAAGCGUAUGGUGUGGAUUCGCUGGUAGCUGUAGGGAUACGCAACUGGAUCGGGGCGAGCUGCGAGGUGGAUGUCUCUGUGUUUGAGCUGCUGAGCGAUGCGAGCAUCUUUGAAGUUGCCGAGGGUGUUGUUGCAAAGUUGCAAUCCGGUGAUGUAGCGACAGCUGGAGACGAGGUGUCAUAGAUGCCCUUCAUCGGUGUCGGAUUGUUCACAGUCAUGGACAGGUCCCGAAUCGUUGUUUAAUUAGAGAGGUAGUAGUGUAACUUGGCCAGAGGACUAUUGUAUAGUCCGGAGUUGGUGGUGUAAGUUGGUUGGAUGUGGAGAUAACCCAAAGAGGCAAUUAGACGGACCUAACAAAUUGACCAUUCGUCCUCAGAUCAAUAGAAUAUCAGCAUG